CGUAGAACUCUGGCAAAAAGAUUAUUUUAUGUGUGUGGUGUAGUAGACGAAAAGAAGAAAAAAUAGAAAAUUAAAAUCUAUUUUAUUUGUGCAUUAAUAUUUCCCGUUUACAUAAAAAUUCCUACUUUUUAUAAAAGAAAAAAGCUGGAAUUCUAGACAAUAUUAAAAAAUUGUUGAGCAAACUUUCGUUUAAAUUAAAAUAAAAUCUAAAUUAAAAAUCAAUUAAUUUGCAUAAAAGGGAAUUAUAACCAAGAAGAUAGAACGUAAUUUCAAAAGCCAUAAAAAAAAAUAAAAGAAAAUUUAUGAAAAAAGUGUUCGUUCGGAAAAAAGAGCCAAAAGACGAAAAAGCAAAGAAAAAUAAAGAAGAAAAAGGAGAAAAACAAGCAAAGAAAAGUAAAACGCACAAGUGUAAGAAUUUAAGUAAAAAAGAAAAAGUGUUCUUUGUAAAAUAAAUAAUACAAAAAAGUGGCCAUAAUUAAUACUCCUAACAAAGAAUAAUAUUAGAAAACUAGAUAAAACUGUUUGUACUACUCAGUCUGUUAGUGUUUUUCUUUCUAUAUAAUUUAAACAAACCCCAUCAUCAUCAUGUUGAUCUCGUGCAAAUGUUUAAAUUUUAUUGCUACCAGCAAUAAUCAACAACAGCAGCAGCAGCAGCAACACCACCACCAGCCGGCUGCAACAACAGCAGCUGUUGCAACAGCUGACUUAAAGGAAAAUAAUGCAGCCGUAGCGGCAGCUGUUGCUAUGCAACAAUCACAAUCAUCGUCGUCGUCGCAAUCUAAUGAUUGCAACAAUACAUUGUUAGCAGCAACGUCUUCCAAUAACAAUACUAUUGCGAAACCCAGUAACGAGUCUUCUUUUUCUUUAACGAAUGUUUUAAGACAAACAUUUCUACAAAAGUAUCCCAGAAAUUUUAUAUUUUAUUCACAGUGUGUGGAUUUCUUUAAGCAGGCCAUUGGUCCAGUGCCAGAUUUAACAAUAAAUAUUCUCAGUCAAAGGGAUCUUAUUUAUAGUUUUACACUGGAUAUAAACAAACCGAAUUCCUCCGCAACUUCGACGUCGUCAUCGUCAUGGCAACUUAGUAUUUGCAGUAAUUGCAAUGUUGCUUUGUGUGCUAAACGCCUAAACACUACACCACCACAAUAUCUCAUCAAUUGUGGUCUUUUGACUAACAACGAGGAAUUAUCACAAAAAAGAGCUGAUAAAUCGUUUUCGGAUACCUUUGGCAUACUAAUAAUGGAUCAUCCCAAAGUGGAUAAUGCUACAACAAAUAAUCAAAAUGCUAACAGUAAUAUGUCCUUAUCCACCUCGUUUGCAACAUCGUCCUCGACCAGUCACCACUUAGAUUCGAAACAAUUGCGUUUACGACAAUUACAAGGUAAUUUGCAACAACGUUUGCAAAGAGAAAUCGCCGAAACUGAUGAACGUAUACAACGUUAUACGGCUCAACAAUUUGCUUUGCUUAAGAGUUUUCGUGAAAAGUCUGAGCAGGAAUACCAGAUGUUAGUAUCACUUAUACAUUGUAUACCUGAGCAACAGGCUAACGAAUGGCUAGAACGUCAGCCACCCGCACUGGAUGUUAGCAAUAAUGGUGGCAAUUUAGCUUAUGCUGCUGGUACACGCAGACGUAACACCAUUUCCAGUCGUCGUGAACUUAGUAAUACGGCUCCUACUACACCAACGGCAAUACAACCACCGAACUCUAUAUUUAAUAUGAAUAGAGAGAAUUAUGUGAGAAAUUCUAUGACUGCCACUCCCACAACACCUACAAGUGCCAUAAUGACUGCAACAGCCAAUACAGCGGGCAAUAAUACUCACUCGCCCACAGGCGUGGCAUCAACAGCUAUAGCUACAUCUACUACACCAACCAUUGUUGGCAGUUCAGCUUUAAAUCAAAUGUCGAAUUUCGAUACACCACCAGCUACACCAGAAGCUAUACCCAUGAGUGUGGGCAAUAGUCCCACAUUUCGCCAACAGCAACAACAAAAUACUAUGUUUGCUAGCCAACCACAAACAUUGCAACAACAAUUUUCAACAAAUUCUAUUGAUACAGCCGAUGAUUGUCUCUUCGAAUUGGAAGGUGUCGAUGGUGGCAAUGUAGUUACAACACCACAACAUAAUCGUGCUAUGUAUUUACAAAAUCCACCAUCACCAUUGCGUCUAUUACAGUCGCAACAGCAACAGCAGCAACAGCCACAAAAUGUGCCACAUCAAAUACUGCCACCGUUUAAUAGCUAUCAGCGUAGUUUAAGUUAUAUUAAUGCACAGCCGGAAAAUCAUAUGAGCGAUUUAGAUGAGAGUGAUGAUGCUGAAGAAGCUGAAGAUGCUCUGGAUUUGGAUUCCUCAAUGCCAAUAGCCAUGACUGCAACACCCCAUAGACGCAUAAAUUCGAAAAGCGCACAACAAGCAGCAAAUUUUGCUAAAAGUUUACCUAUAGAAAUAGCUAACUCUCCCAUAACUGUGGGACGUAGUUAUAUGGCAACUUUAGAAUCGGAUGAAGAAGAACUUGACAAUAAUGUUGAUAUAGCGGCCAGCAUUAAAGCUUUAGCUAAAAGUGUUCAUGGUGAGGCGGUGUUUGGUGAUUUACCCAGACCUCGUUUGCGUUCACAAAUUUAGAAAAAAGAAGCAAACUGUUGAUGUUUCUUCUGAGUUUUUUUUUUUUUUUGUAAUAAUUGUCUAUUUAAGAAUGCCUUCAGUAAGAAGACUUUUAUACAUUUUUUUGAUUUAUAUCCUUUUUUCAUACAUACUGACGCUAUUUCAGCAACAAAAUAUUAGUUUUAAGUUUUUUCUUAUUUUUUUUUUCUAAAAACACACAAUGAUGUCUUUAUGUUAAGUUUAAUUAUGUGUAAUAAUUUUUUUUUCUUUUUUUUUAGAAUUGAAUAAUUUUUUUAUUUAAGAUUUUGCAGAAAAAUUUUCUACUUUUUUUUAAAGGAAAAUUCAUAAAAAAUAUUUUUUUAUUGAUGCAUUAAUAUUAUUAUAUAACUAUAAUGUUUAAACAUAACAACAACAACUUGACCAUGCUCAUUUUUUUUAAAUAAUAAUGAUAAACAAACCACACAACAUAAAAUUCAUAUUUUAAACAUCUUUAUUAUGUUUAAGGUGUUUUGUUAACGAAAAUUAAUACAAAAUAAUAUGUUUAAAUAAAUGUUUAUAUAAUAAA